ACAAGCUGAACCCCUCUUGGCUUUAACUGUACCCGUCUGUCUUGUAAAAACGCAGAGGGAGAAGGUGCUGCCUCUGUGUCACUCUAACCUCUCUUUCAUUUCUACUUCCUCUUUCCAUUCUUCAGCACGAUCGAGGCCCACCAUGGCGGCGCCGAGCUCCAGUGGACUCGAGGUCCUCAUCAGCACGUUGCAGAACGCUGGAGACAAGGAGAACAUGCUGAACAUCCUGAACGUCCUGGAUGAACUGUUGUCAGCAGGCACAGACAGACGGAUUCAUCACAUGAUAUCGAAAGGAGGCAGCGAGGCCCUGCUGACGGCUCUGGUGAACUCAGCCCGCAGCUUCACUCCCAACUACACCAUCCUACUGCCGCUGCUGCACCUGCUGGCCAAAGUGGGCUACCGCGAUCGUCAGAUUGGUCUGAAAGCAGAGAAGGCAGAUGCAGUUCUGGUGGUUCUGGGUUUGCUGCAGCAGAAUACAGAGAACGCCCGGAGAGCCGCGGCCUGUCUUUGGGUUCUCAGAGUCUUCUGCUCCUCUGUGACCACAGCUGACCUGCUGGGGAAGAACCGAGGGCUGGAUGUGGUCUUCAAACUUAUGUCUCCACACAGCUCCAAGCACCUACGCACCAUCAAGGCGGCUGUUGACGCUUUUGCUGCAAUGUUAUGCUCAAAGGUCAACUGUCGGACUGCUGUUGCGAAAGGCUACAUCGCGGAUCUUUUGAAGCUGUACGAAGACUGGCACAACAAUGACGUCAACCUUAAGAACAUUCCUAUCCGUAGAGCCCUACUUCAUUGUCUGCAACGUGCCACCAACUCACCUGUGGGCAGAGACGCCCUGGUCGCCGAAGGUGGCAUUAGUCUUCUCUUCCAGACCACUCAGACCUGUUUGGCCAUGAAAGGCCUCGAAUCUCUGGUGGAACCCGCGAUCCAGCUGAUGAGAAAGUGCAAUCCCAAAGUCCCUCUUCCACUGACCUCAGAUAAGAGCGUCUUCAGCUUUUCUAUUCCUGGGAGGCCUGUCGAUGACUGGGAUGCUGAUUUAGGACUUUACGAUGGCAGUUUAGAAGAUGACAGUGAGGAAGACGAGGAGAACGAGGAGCCAGACAACAGGGACUACGAGGAUGACCUGGAAACAGACGUGAACAAGCUGCGUCCCCGACCAGAGCCCGACCGGCCCCUAGAGCAGCUGGGCCAAUAUGUGCGCCUCUGCCCUGAGCUGCACCAUGACUUCCAGGAUUUGGACUCCAGCUCUGAGGUCGAUGAAAGCUCAGACGAUGACAGCACUCUGAUGGGAGAUUUGCAAGACGAGACACCGAGUGACCAGAGAGGCUACGAGCUGCCCUCCGACAGAAAUGAACACCACCUCCAGACGAGCGACUUCAAUAAGCAUUAUCUCAAUUGCUCUAGGAAAGGCCGAAAAGGCCACUCUAGUAUAGUGGACAGGCUUCUGGAGAAGUACGGGAUCUGCAUUCCCAACCAUGAUCCACGUCUCUAUGCCGCCACUGCAGCCAAUACAAAGUCUAUAGCCGGAUACUCCAUUCUAGCCUUCCCUGACUUCUGGGGACACCUGCCCCCACAAGAGCAAGAGCCCAUGGCUAAAAGACCACCACAUGUGCAAAGAAAGAAAGUUUUCGAAGACAUCCAGCGUCUCAUCUGUCCAGAGGACAUCAUCAACAAGGUUGUUUUUGACAUGGACGAUCACAGUCCACAGUGUUCCCCCGAUAUGUGUCCCAGUUCCCUUCACUUCUUCUCCAAAUUUGAGAGCGGGAAUCUGCGAAAAGCCAUUCAGGUCCGCAGUCAUGAAUAUGAUUUGAUUCUCAAUGCUGAUGUCAACUCCUCUGCAUUUUGUCAAUGGUUCUAUUUUGAAGUCAGCGGCAUGGUGGCCGGCGUGCCUUAUCGUUUCAACAUUAUCAAUUGUGAGAAGGGAAACAGCCAGUAUAACUAUGGCAUGCAGCCUGUGCUGUAUUCUGUGAGGGAUGCGCUGGAGGGCAGACCACACUGGGUGAGAACAGGCUCUGAAAUCUGCUAUUACAGAAAUCAUUUCUGCGCUAGAAGAGGUCAAAAAAGUUCUUUCUACACGCUGACAUUCACGGUGACCUUUCAUCACGAAGAUGACGUGUGCUACUUGGCCUACCACUACCCUUAUACCUACACCACCCUUCAGACCCAUUUGAGAAUGUUGGAGAAGUCUGUAGACCCAGAGAAAGUUUUCUUCAGGCAACAAAACCUCUGUGACACGCUGGCAGGAAACUCCUGCUCCUUAGUCACGAUCACAGCCUGCCCCACUUCCAGAGCCUGGAAACAUCUGCACCAGCUGCGUAACCGGCCAUGUGUGGUGCUGACAGCAAGGGUUCAUCCAGGAGAGAGCAAUGCCAGCUGGGUACUGAAGGGCACGCUGGAGUUCCUGUGCAGCAGUGAUCCCGUAGCCGAGAGCUUGAGAGAGGCCUACAUCUUCAAAAUCAUCCCCAUGCUCAACCCUGACGGGGUCAUUAAUGGCAAGUAUGUACGCUUACAUGCAUAG